AUGUCCAACAAGAUUCAUGAAAGGGGGGUGGAGAUGGGAGAAAGUUCUAAAAAUGCAACUAGAAAGAUUCAAGAGCUUCCAAAGAAGAUUCUAAAAGAUAUAUGGAAAGUUGGGAAAGAUGAUCCAAGAAGAGUGAAACAUGCUUUAAAAGUUGGAGUUUCUUUGACACUUGUCUCCUUAUUGUAUCUCCUAGAACCUCUCUUUAAAGGCAUUGGAAGUAAUGCAAUGUGGGCAGUCUUGACUGUUGUGGUCGUUCUUGAGUUCUCUGCCGGUGCAACGUUGUGCAAAGGGCUUAAUAGAGGAUUAGGGACACUAAUUGCGGGAUCUUUAGCAUUUUUCAUUGAAUUUGUCGUUAAAGAUUCUGGCAAAAUCUUCCGAGCAGUUUUCAUCGGUGCUUCAGUUUUUAUCAUUGGAGCGGCGAUAACGUAUCUAAGAUUCAUCCCGUACAUAAAAAAGAAUUACGAUUACGGCAUGCUUAUAUUUCUCUUGACGUUUAAUCUAAUAACAGUGUCAAGUUAUAGAGUUGAUGCUGUGAUUAAGAUUGCACACGAGAGAUUUUAUACUAUAGCCAUUGGUGUUGGUGUUUGCCUCUGCACGACCCUUUUGUUUUUUCCUAUAUGGUCCGGUGAGGACCUCCAUAAGAGUACCGUUGCUAAGCUUCAAGGCCUCUCUUUUUCCAUCGAAGCAUGUGUGAAAGAGUACUUUGAAGAGGAGGAAAAAGACAAGGAAACAUCAGAUUCAUCAGAAGAUAUGAUCUAUGAUGGUUAUAAGACUGUUUUAGAUUCUAAAUCCACCGAUGAAGCACUUGCAAUGUAUGCAAGUUGGGAGCCAAGGCACACAAGACAUUGUCAUAGAUUCCCAGGGCAACAUUAUGUUAAAGUUGGAGCUGUUCUUCGUCAGUUUGGUUACACUGUCGUGGCUCUUCAUGGUUGCUUAAAAACCGAAAUUCAGACUCCUAGGUAUAUUCGUGUACUAUUCAAGGAUCCAUGCGCUAGACUCGCCCAAGAAAUCUGCAAAGUUCUGACGGAACUUGCAGCAAGCAUUCAAAACCGACGUCAAUGUUCCCCGGAGAUUCUCUCCGAGAGUCUCCAAGUGGCACUACAAGAUCUAAACUCCGCCAUCAAAUCACAACCUAAGCUCUUCCUUGGCUCCAACCACAACAGCAACGUUUCUCAAAACGGCAAUAGCGGUAGACAUAACCAAAACGUACCGGUUUCACCACACACAAAUAAAGACGAAAAUGACGCUAUAUCGCAUCAAAACGAGACUGGCUCACCUCUUGCACAAAACGCUGACGUUCCGCUUCAAAACACUGGAACGCCACGCCGCGAAAAAAAAUCGCGUUUCGGACCAAACAGCGGCGUUUCGCAUCAAAACGAGCCUGAAUCACCUCUUGGUAAAAAUGGUGACGUUCCAGUUCAAAACAAUGGAACGCCACGCGGCGGAAACAAGUCACGUUUCGGACCAAACAGUGGCGUUUUGAGUCAAAACAAUGAAACGCCACGCGGCGAAAGAGGAUCGCGUUUCGGACUGAGGGCUGACACGUUGGAACGGAGAUCGGCGGCGGCGACGGGAGAGCGACGUAUACUGAUGAAACAACUGAGCAGGAUAGUGGUGAUGACGAGUCUUGAAUUCUCGGAGGCGUUACCGUUUGCUGCGUUUGCAUCGCUUCUUGUUGAAAUGGUUGCGAGGCUUGAUAAUGUCAUUGAGGAAGUGGAGGAGUUGGGAACGGUCGCUUGCUUCAAGGAGUACGAUGGUAACGUUAUUGAUCGGACGGAUGUGGAGGUUCGAGUCGAGAAGCCGGCAGAUAUAGUGGUUGGCGUGGAGUGA